UGUCCUUGGAGGACCUAGAAAAUGGUUCAAGUAACCUGAAGAUUUAAUACGUAGCACCAUCUAUAUAUGCUGAUCACUUACAUUUGGAUCACAUACAACCCAGAUCUUCACAAUCUUUAGUUUCCCUAAAGUUACAAAAUAUCCGAGUCCUCAUUCUUGAUCCUUUUUUUUGUGUAUUACACUCAACAAAACAUAAACAAAAUGGGUGUUCGUUUCCUGGGUGUCAUCCUCACGAAGCAAAUUCUACAUAAGUAUGUCUUGGCUGCAAAAAAAGCAGCCUCAACAUCUCCAGAUGUUCCAAAAGGUUUCCUUGCAGUAUAUGUUGGGGAAACUCAGAAGAAGAGAUUCGUGGUUCCUGUAUCAUAUUUGAACAAACCUUCAUUUCAAGCUUUGCUAAAUAAAGCUGAAGAGGAGUUUGGUUUUGAUCAUCCAAUGGGUGGUCUCACAAUUCCCUGCAGAGAAGAUAUUUUCAUCCAUACCACUUCUGGACUGAGCACAUCGUAGGAUAAGACUCCUUAAUGAUAUGAUCAAAAAACACAGAAGACAACCUUCUGCUUGAGAAUGCCAAAUGAGAAACUAUUAGCUCUUGUCCCAUACUCAGAGGCUGAACCAUCCAACUUCAAGGAUCAAUCUGGUUGGUGAAAAACAUUUCAGCUUUACUUUCUCGAUGUUGACAAAUUCCAUAAAGAAGUAAAGCAUUUAUGGAUCUCUGUUGUAUAAUGAGUUUAGAGUCUGUCAACAAAGAUACAACGAGCUGGAAGCGGAGAACACAUGAGCUCUUCGGCAAGACUGAUCCAAAACCUUCCUGAUCAAUGAUUAUGUGAAGUCAAAGAAUUUGAUCUCCAUUGCUUGUAAUUUUGUUUAUUUUUCUCUAAAGCAAAAAAAAAUCAAAUUUCUCCAAUAAGGUAUUCCAAAAGGCUCUUUGUCGGUCUCAUAUUUUUCCCUCUAUUUACACAUGCAUCUGACACCAUCAACUUGCAGAUUAAGAUAUGUAGAUCUUGUUUUAGUUGAUAGAAAAAGCAGUCAUGGCAGUUAACGCCACCUAAAAAUUUAUCUUCAUGUUUGUACGUCUGUAGAAGAGUGUUUUACCAAUCAAUAGUAAUAUAUCGUGCCUUUUAGCUUCUGACCUUUCAGUAACAUGCUAUUAAACCAAACAAUUUCACAACAGAUCU